CAACAAGUUGUCCCAGUACAUGCAUGCCCCGACCUUCACCCACUGGCAGCAUGUCAAGAGGCUCCUUCGCUUCAUUGCUGGUGAUGUUGAUGAUCGGACGUCCACAUCAGGGUUCCUAAUCUACCUCGGUGACACUCUUAUUUCGUGGAAGUCCAAGAAACAGCGCACGGUCGCUCGCUCCAGCACAGAAGCCGAAUACAGAGCUCUAGCUCUGGCCACUUCUGAGACUAUUUGGAUACAGAAUCUCCUUGCUGAACUUCACUACUCGCUUCCUGCUGCUCCUACUCUCUACUGUGAUAAUCUCGGUGCCGUCAACUUCAGCUCUAAUCCGGUAUUCCACUCCCGCAUGAAACAUUUGGCACUGGAUUAUCACUUCGUCCGUCAGCUUGUCAACUCCAGGCAGCUUCUGGUUCGCUACCUUCCCACUGCGUCUCAGCUCGCGGAUCUGCUGACUAAAGCUCUUCCGGUUACACGCUUCCGACUCUUGGGCUGCAAGAUUGGACUCGCUGACGCUGCCUCCAUCUUGCGGGGGCGUAUUAGGGAGAAAUCCUAGGUUGUAUAGGAUUUGUAUUCGUUGUCCUUCUCCCUCUUGUAUUCUGUCUCUCUGUACUUGUAUAAAUAUACACUCUUACAUAAUGAAAUACACACAAG